CUCCGUGGAUCGCCGCUGUCAUGUCAGCCCCCUUCGCGCGUCUGCUGCGGAGGUGCUGCCGGCGGUCGGCUCUCCUCGCCGGUGCCGUUCGGCCGUGGAGCUCCGGCUCGGCGUCCCCGCCGGCUCUGCACACGCGGUUCCUCCUCUACCUCACGCAGCGGUUCUAUGACGUGGAGAUGCUCCUGAGCUGGGGGUCUCUGCAGAGGAGGAAGAUGAUUCAGAAGAGGAAUGCUUACUAUGGCUACACUCAGCAGAUCUAUGGUGCAGACUUAGCAUCAGCGUAUUAUAUCUUGAGUCUGAGGGGAGGAUUUAGGUAUGUCGGCCAGUCGGAGUGGUUCCGUACAGACCGGAGGGGCAAAUUCAACUGGAAGUUCUUGGAUCACAAAGAGACGCCCCUCGAGGAAGUGAACAUGAGCUACACGGUCAUCAACUACGGCGGACUGGGGAACCUGGAGGGGCAGAAGUCUUUGCGGACCCUGUCGUUACGAGGAUGUCCCGAGGUGGACGACUGGUUCCUGGCCAGGCUCCACGUGUUCCAGGACUCUCUGGAGGAACUGGACAUCUCUCACUGUCCUCGCAUCACUACAGGCGGCCUGGCAGCGCUCAGGAAUCUCAAGGGACUGCGGCGUCUGGACGUGUCGUCGCUCCCCGGGAUCUCGAGUUCCGGGUUGCUGGUUAUCCUGCUGGAGGAGAUGUUACCGCAGUGCCAGGUCGUCGCCACCGGCUACGACCACAGCCUGAGGGAGGAGAGCGGAGAGGAGAUGAAAGGGUCGAGGUAGGGAACAGGCCCGGGACUCGGAGGGAUCAAGAGACCGUGUUUUCGGAAAGGAGGGAGUCCUCUGACGGAACGAGCGCCGAUGGAGCAAAGAGACAUGUGGAGAAACCACCUCGCAGCAAUUUAACCAUCGCAGCUUAUUGCCAGGUUCGGACCAAAUUUGGUGGUCGCAGAUAAAGUCCGUGACCGUGGAUGUAUAAAGAGAACUGCGUUGGGAGGCAGCGCCCUGUUCACCCCUUGGAAAGUUCCUCCUCAGUGGCGCAUAAAAUCCUGAUGAAGAUACCUGUAGCUUCCACAUCCCUUUCCCCGCCUCCCAGCCUUGUUCUCUGACUCAUUUCUCGAAGUAUAUAUCUUUGAUUUUUGGCUAUUGGAGCAUUUUCAACUUUUAGGUUCUUUAUGAUUUCAAUAAAAGCUAAUCAUGCGUUUGCACUGGGAAGUGUGUUCCACUUUAAAAAUAAAUAUUCACCGAGUUACAGACAUCUCUUUCCCAAAGUAAGUCUAUGGGACCUGGAAAUGCCACCAUUUGGCCACUUUAUGAACCAGUUAUUGACGCAUAUUUGACAUGAGCAUGCGAAAAAAAGUGUGGAAGAAUAAUAUACUACCACUAGUUUGUUGAAUCAUUCGGCUUUGUGAUGUAAAACAUGACACAUGUCAUCACAGUCUGUUUGUGUUGAGUCAACUUGUUGUCUAGAGUGCACACAUUUAUGACGUAUAUGCAAAAAUGUGCUCUUUUUCCAUCCAAUGUGGUAAUAUUUUGAUUUGCUUAAAUGUACAGAAUAAAGAUUCAGAAUUUGAAUAUGGUUA